AUGGAGGACCUCACGAACCAGGCCGACGCGCAGAUGAAGGAGAUGGAGGCGAUGAUGAAGCGCAUGGACGCGCGCAUGGGCGCCAUGCACCAGCGCCAAAACAAAAAGUACGCCGACGCCGCCGAGGGCUUCGCCGCGCGCCAGGCCGUGAGCUACAAGCCGCAGCCGCGCUCGGCGCUGGCGCGCGCCGUCGCCGACGACGCCGACGAGGACCCGCUGCCCGCGCUGGCGCUGGCCCCGGCGCUCGCCGCGGGCGGGCGGCCGACGGCGGCGGCGGCCGCGCGCGCGCGCGCGGCGGCCGCCGCGCGGCGGAGGCGGCUGCCCGAGGAGUUCGACGUGACGACGGCGUCCGAGGCCGAGUCCGACGCGCCCGCGCCGCGGCCGAAGCCCGACGUCGUGCGCCGCGUGCGCCGCGCGGCCGCCGCGCGGCGCGCGGCCAAGCUCGCGGCGCCGUCUGACGGCGACGCGUCGGACGCGUCCGCCGCGCGCGGCGAACGCGACGACGCGUCGAACGCGCCGUCCGUCGUGCCGAGCGCGGCGGCCGUGGGCCGCGCGCGCGCGGCGGCGGCGGAGCGCAAGCGCCGCGCGGCGUCGCACGACUGGAACGCGCCGCCCGCGGCGCCCGAGCGGGCGCCGCCCGAGCCCGCGGCCGCGCCGCGGACGCCCGGCGAGGCGGACGUCGCGGCGACGCGGGCCAUGUGGCCGCGGACCAAGGAGGGCCGGCCGUCCAUGUACCUCGACGGCGACUCGAGCGACGGCGACGGCGUCGUGCCGCCGCGGCCGCCGCGGCGCCGCGACCGCGACAAGGCCGCGCGCAAGUCGCGGCGCGCGGAGCGCCGCAAGGCCCGCGGCGCCCGCGCCGAGGAGCUCGACGACGAGGGGACCGAGUCGAAGCACGCGCUCCGCGACGCCGUGCGCGCCGCGGCCGCGCGCGACGCGACGGGCGGCCUCGCGCGCGCCCUCGACUCCGCGACCGCGGACGCGGCCAAGGCCCGCGGCGUCAAGGAGAAGCUCCGCGCCUUCGAGCUGCGCCAGCUGCGCCGGGCGCCGGGCGAGGCGCGCGACGCCGGCGACGCCGCGCGCCGCGAGGCCGCCGUCGCCGACGCCGCGACGGCCCGCGCGCACGCGGACGCGGACCUGCGGGCCGCGUUCAAGCGCGCGUCGCGCAUCCGCAAGCAGAUCAUCGCCAAGGCGUCCCGGGACGACGAGGGCGCGGCGGGGCCGCCGCGGUCCAAGGCGCGGCGCCGGCGCCGCGCGGCGUCGCCGCCGCCGGGCGACGCGAAGCCGCGGGGCCCGAAGCCGGACGCGGCGCUCCUCAAGGAGGAGGUGCUGCUCUUCUUCGAGAACGAGCCCGUCGCCGAGCAGCUCCAGCUCAUCCGCUUCGCCCUCAAGCCCGAGAACCGGCGGGACCUGCCGGCGAUCGCCGUCGCGUUCCAAUUCGCCUACGAGGGCACGCGGCUCGUCCGGGACCUGCCGUCCUUCGACGACGAGUGCCUCGUCGUGCUGCUCGUCUGCGACCUCCGCGAGACCUACGUCGCCUACCUGCGGCCCGUCGCGGUGCUCCUCCACGUGCUCCUCGACCGGCCCGCGAACCUCCGACGGGCGUUGAAGGCCGGCGCGGUCGCGGCGAUCUUCGCGCGCCUCCAGGGCGAGCUCGAGCCGCCGCCGGGCCCGCCGACGCCCAAGUCCCGCGCCCUCGACGCCUGCCGCGCCCUCCUCGCCGCGCUGCUCUUCCGCGGCCAGCCCGAGCCCGUGCUGCCGCCGGAGCCGCCGCCGCGGAGCCCGCCGCCCGGCGCGGCCCUCGACCCGGACCGCGCGACGGGGUAG